GCGAAGCCAAACGAACACAAUCUCUGCGUUGUUACGUAAUCUUUGUCGUCAUGAGACGAUCGUACGAGAGUGCAUUAUGCGCAUGUUUUUGUUUUCGAUAUUUCUCAGUUCAAACUAAAACAUAAUAAUUGCUGGCUUUGAGUUUGAAAGAGCGAUCGCCAACUAAUUAUUUGUUGUUUGCCCCAUCGAGAAGACAUGUUUCUGCGAGGAGUUUCACGACGCGCGUCGCAAAAUGCUUGUGGGUGUAGAUAUCUGUCGAGCACACCGAAGCCUCUCGUUGUCGCUGGGCCGUCAGGCUCUGGCAAAAGUACUCUUCUGAGAAAAUUGAUGAGCGAGUAUCCUGACGAAUUUGGCUUUAGUAUCUCGCACACUACGCGGGUAGGGAGACUGGGCGAAACAGAUGGUGUCGACUAUCACUUCACCAGUAGAGAAUCUAUGGAGGCUGGUAUUUCUCGUGGGGAGUUCAUCGAGACAGCGGAGUUCUCAGGAAAUCUGUAUGGAACGUCGAUACAGUCUGUCUCCGACGUGACUGAGAAGGGACGGGUGUGCUUGUUGGAUAUUGAUAUGCAAGGCGUGAGAUCCGUGAAGAAGACCCAACUUGACCCAGCUUACGUGUUGGUAAAAGUCCCAUCUGAGGAAGAACUGGAAAGGCGCCUGCGUGCACGUGGCACAGAGACACCUGAGAGUCUAACAUUUCGACUGAACGCAGCAAAAGCAGAGCUGGAGUAUGCAUUACAGCCAGGUGUAUUUGAUCACGUAGUUAUCAAUGGCGAUCUAAGGACUGCGUAUGCCGAUUUUGUUGCUGUGAUCCAGUCAGUGUAUCCACAGCUCGAAUUGUCCAAGUCGUGAUUUGGUUACGGAAUUUCCCUCCGUGUUUUAUUUAUGAUUAAUUUUGUUCCUCUAUUGACUAGAGUGACCUUCACCUUGA